CAAAGCAUGCCAGCUCCAUUCCCUCUGUAUAUUAUUGGUAUAUGUACCCUUCAAGCCACCCUCUCUCUCUAUCUCCAUUACCUAUAAAUUCCUCCUAACACAAAUAUAUAUAUAUCCAGACUCCAGUCGUCAUAUUCCAAUAUUUCUGUGUCUCUAGAGAUGGCAACAUACAUUUAUCACAGAAUGUCAGAGUUAUUCUUGCUUUCACUAUUUGUGAGUUCCUUCAUGGUUGCUUCUGCUGGUACUUUUGAUGAAGAUUUUGACAUGUCCUGGGGCGAUCAUCGUGGUAAGAUGCUCGAUAAAGGGAAGCUUCUCACACUUUCGCUUGACCGGAUAUCUGGCUCCGGUUUCCAAUCCAAAAGAGAAUAUCUAUUUGGGAGGAUGGACAUGCAGCUCAAGCUCGUCUCCGGUGACUCUGCCGGCACUGUCACGGCUUACUAUUUAUCCUCAGAAGGGAAUAACCACGACGAAAUUGAUUUUGAGUUCUUGGGGAACCUGAGCGGAGAGCCCUAUAUCGUCCACACAAACGUCUAUACCCAAGGGAAAGGGGACAGAGAGCAACAAUUCUACCUCUGGUUCGACCCAACAAAAGACUUCCACACCUAUUCCUUCGUAUGGAAUCCACAUCGAAUCAUUUUCUUGGUAGAUAACACCCCGAUAAGAGUAUUCUACAACGAAGAAUCCAUUGGGGUUCCCUUCCCAAAUAGCCAGCCAAUGAAGCUUUACUCGAGCCUCUGGAACGCAGACCAAUGGGCAACAAGAGGUGGGCUCGUAAAAACGGAUUGGUCCAAGGCUCCUUUCACUGCCUGCUAUCGUAACUUCAAUGCCAAUGCCUGCGUCUGGUCUCGUGGCUCAUCUUCUUGUGCUUCAACGCCGUCAACGAGUGGCGUCAGUAGUACUCCUGGUAGUGGUGAUUGGCAAACUCAAGGGCUCGAUGCAAAUGGUCGAAGAAGACUCAGAUGGGUGCAAAAAUACUUCAUGAUUUACAACUAUUGCUCUGAUUUUAAGCGAUUUCCACAGGGUUGCCCGCGCGAGUGCCGGCGUGGUAGGUUCCUUUGAAACUGAAAUGUUGCUUGUGUGAGUCUGUAAGGUAUCUUUUUGUGAAGGGUUGUAUAAUUAAUAUUUUUCUUUUUUCUCUGGAUACCAAAGGUUUGUAUAUAAUAUAUAUAUAUAUAUA